AAGCUGAGCCAGGGAAACCUCGCCCAGGGAACUCGGAAGUCUGGGAAGCGCCGCGCUCCUCUUCCCUUUUAGUAGCUCUGCCAGGAUUCCGGCCUCCUUUCGCUUUCGCUUUCGCCUGGGCGGCGCAUGCGCGGAGGAUCUGCUGCGCUUCUGGCAGAUGGCGAGCAUGGAGAACCUCCCUGAGGACGCCCUGAUUGCGGUGCUGGUGCUGGUGCCCGCCCAGGACCUGGUGCGUCACUGCCGGCUGGUCUGCUCUCUCUGGCGCGGGCUGGUAGACUUGCCUUCGCUCUGGAAGCUCAAGUGCCAGCGUGAGGGCUACUGGCCGGAGCCACUGGACAGUCCCAUUCCGGACUGGCGCAAUUUCUAUUUCCUCUGCAGCCUGAAGAGGAACCUGAUCAAAAACCCCUGUGCUGAAGAAGGCUUUGAGGCCUGGAAGAAAGAAUCGAACGGAGGCAACGGCUGGAAAAUCGAGGACCUCCCGGGAGAUCACGGAAGAAAUUUCCUUCUUCCGCAUGUUCAGAAAUACUUUGUGACGUCUUAUGACUCAUGCAUGAAGGGGCAGAUGAUCACUUUACGGGAUCACGGCUACUGGGACCGGUUGAUGGAUGAAGCCCGGCCUGAUAUUGUGGUGAGCGACUGGUUCGCCGCACGUUUCGACUGCAGCUGCCAGUAUGAGCUCUGUGUGAGACUCCUGUCCAAAGAUUACAUCGUUCUCCAGGAGUUUGUGUUGGAACCGGUUGUGAUAGAACAGUGGAGCGAUGCAGAAUGGCGCAAGGUGUCGCACACAUUUCACAACUACCCUGCUGGAGUCCGACACAUCUUAUUUAGUCACGGAGGCCAUGACACGCAAUACUGGGAAGGCUGGUACGGUAUCCGAGUGACCAACAGCAGCCUCACCCUGGGCCCCCAAGUGGCAGACUGACGGAGAAGGGCUGCUUCGCUUUGGAUAGGACUACAACUCCCAUGGGGCCCAGUAAGUGGCUCUGGGGAAGGUCAAUCUAACCCUUGAACUUAACAGCAUGGAAAAGAAGUUAACCCCAGUGUGCCCUACACAUCCACCGGUCUAUUUCUCUCUCGCUGAAAAAAUAAAUAAAUCUGUAGAUAUUUAUCAGUUAA